AGAAAAUGAAAUGAGUGUUGAGCCAAGCCUCUCUACAUAAUGAAUAAUAAUGAUGUAAGAGAAGAAUAGAUUAGAAACAAACAAGUCUGAAAUCAACAAGAAUAAAACAAUCGGCCGCUGGCCGACAGCUGAGUCUAAACAGUGUAGCAAAUGGCCUUUGACCAAUCCUUAGAUACACAGAAAGAUGAUUGAUUGAUUGAUGCUAAUGGAACAGUACAGCUGACCCUGAAGAAGGAUGCUGAUGAAACAGUACAGCUGACCCUGUAUUCAGUAGGCAAGCUACAUCAAGAAAUAUAAUCUGGUUAUCUACAGAUACAACAUUAUCUACAGAUACAACAAAAGUUAUAAAAACAUCAACAUCUAAAGCUUUAAAUGCUACAGUGAAAGACAAGCACAUGUAACCUAUGUACAGCUGUUAAACAACUUCAUGCAGUGAAAACAGCAACAGCAAUAAAAUCAGCUGCCACAACAGCUUGUAGACUUCAACAACAGCUUGAGAAUGACUUUGGUCCCAAGUGAAUCCAAUAACACAAAUAUUACUCAUGUUCUCAGUCCAAUGAUUGCCUCCUUCCCUCCUGUUCUAAUGGAUGAGGACGAGAGGAGGAGGAAGUAUGAACUUGAGGAGAAUGAGGAGAGGUUGAGGGAGGAGGAGAGGAUGAGGGAGAAGAGCGAGGAGAAGGGGAGCACCAAGGAAGGGAUGUAUGUUCUCUCCAACGAUAUGUUUGACAUGAACGAGGUGGAUGUAGAAGAUGGAAGGGACAAUCCUUUAUAUAUUGUUAGUGAUAAUAUCAAUGGAACACGACACAACCUGAUCCGAGCAGAAGAGAAGGAGGUAGAUUACGCUGUUCAAGCCAAAUACAGAUUAGAACAGGAUGAACCUUCUCUUUCUAACUCACCUUUCAACUCUACACAACAAUUUAUUAGUAAAAAGACUGGAAAGAAUAAAAAUCACGUGACCUGGCCUGAACUCCCAACUCCUCCAUCAAAAAAUAAGAAAAGGGAGCAGCUUCCCCCAGAACCAAAAUGUUUCCCAUUUUUCAGAUGGUUCUUGAUUUUGAUCGGAAUGAUCAUGUUGAUUUCAGUUCUGUUUAUCAUGGGUCAACUUCUUGUAGAUUGGGGUCAAGGACGGGCCGGAGGGUUUAGUCAUCUAACAACAGCUUCAUCUGCAGAUUCAGCUACAUCUUCCUCACUAUCUUCAUCAACAACAGCAUCCACAUCAUCAACAGCUGAAAUCCAAUCAGAAAUCCAGAAUAUUGAACAAAGUUAAUUAAAACAGUUGGGAACCAUCUUUUUUAAAUUGAUAAUUAUAUUUUUAAAUGUUUGUUCCUUAAGCAACUUGUACAGACACGUUUUCGGGCAAGGCAAGGUACCAGCAAGGCAAUGUCCUAACAAGGCAAUGCUCCAACAAGGCAAGGUACCAGCACACGUGGGUUUAACGGUUCUGUCAAUAUUCCAGAAAGCUGUGACUUUCGAUCACAAUUUGUUCUAUGAAACAUAAUUUGUUAGCCUUUUUUCUUAAAUAUUUUUUUGCCGGCAUAUACUUUUUGACUGAAAGGUAUGAAACAAACAAAUCCGUAAGUUUAAAGAUUGUUUCAUUAUAGACCAAAACGCGUAUGAUUUUAAACAAAAGAAACCGAAUGAUUCUAACUUUGGUUAGUCUGGGGUGAGCAAGGCAAUGUCCUAACGGCAAUGCUCCAACAAGGCAAUGUACCAACAAGUCAAUAUCUAAACAAGGCAAGGUAUUAACAAGGCAAUGUCCUAGGUGGGGUUUCCGGCGAAAAAGAAAAAACGUUUCGCCGAAAAUUGCUCUUUUUCGCAUUUGUUCACUUGCGAAAAAAUAUUGCAAAGAUUUUACAAAAAUAAACGGACAUUUUAGGAAAAAAACUUACGAAAAAAUACGGUCCAUUUAAAAAGAUUCUUUCUUGUAAUUGGCUGGCUCAUGGCUAGCUGGAUUUGAGUGAUCAUACGUCAGAAAUAUUAAGUUAUGAGCAUAUUAAACCUUUGAGUACAACUGAACAUUAUAGGACUUAGACAUGACAUUUUAACCAGUCUUGCAUUUUAUAUUUUUUUGAGAGGUAUUAAUGUUUUCACAUAAAGAGACUGUAGACUGAAAGCGUAAUUUCAAGUGAC